AGACUGUUCAGUAUGAAUGACUUGGCACAAGGAGUCGAGAGAUUUCCCAUAUACCUUUAUCCCUACAUGGUUGCGAUGCGAUGACUGUCCAGAUAUCUAUAGAACACGGUUGAGACUAAGAUUAACAGCAGCAGCAGCAGCAGCAGGAUCCCUCGUCAUGGUGAUGGAGAUGGAGAAGGUCUGGAACAACGGCCGCUCCUCGGUCCUGUCUAAGAUCCACCUGACUAGUUCAACUCUGUAGGAGUCACUUCCAAUUGGUGCGCAUAUGAAUCAAAUUCACAAGAGAGUCAGACACAGAAAUCUUAGAUGCCGUUGCUAAUGCUCAAAUCCGAAAUCCGUGUUCCGGACUCGACGGAGUGUCGAUUAUUGCCGUCAUCCUACAGGGGAACUCCGAACACCCAGGGACGGAGUGUAGAUGUAUUACUGAUUUGGUGCUUUCGGAGGGGUAAGUAGGGUUUCCAAGGAGGGGUGAGAGGGACGAGAGGGACAUAUCAUUCAAGAGGGGAACUCAGAUGGGAACAGAAGGAGGGGGGAUCCAACCUCAAGAGGGACAGGAGGGGUAGCUGGGAGUGGCGGGUUCCAUUGUUUCUCCGUCAUGCUGC